AUGGAUACGCUACAGACGCAUAAAGUAGUAAUUACUGAAGACAAGCUGUCCAACUCCAUAGAAAUCAGCAUAAGAGAUGAAGAUCAUACAAUUGGAAAUGCGCUAGCAUCUGAACUGCAAAAAGAAAAGGAUGUUUCUUUUUCUGCGUAUAAAAUACCGCAUCCACUGCAGAAUAUUCUAAAGGUGAAGGUGGUUGUUGAGAAGUCAGAAGAUCGGCCUAUUGAAUUUGUUAAGGCAUCUUUAGACCAUCUUAUUAGUGACUGUGAUUCUAUGCUAUCCCAAAUAUAUAAAUAACUACUCUUCCAGAAUUGGAAUGCUUGUUCCUUUCUCUAUUUUGCCUGCUCCAAUGAGCCUCCAGUGCCCGCUAAGUUUUCGUGAGAUGCUUAGUGUGGCGCCUAUUUCUGCGCAUAUUGGGGUGGCUAAAAUGAAUGAGGCGGUAUCUUUUGAUGCCGCAGUUAUUUGAAUACGGCU